GACAUUUGUCGUAUACUGUGGUGUGGAAAUGGUGGAUCUACAAUCUCAACGGCCCAUCCAGCUUUGGAAGGCAGCUACUGUGGAGGUGGCAGGUGGUGUCAUGAAGGCCAGUGUCUGCCAUGGGCGUCCGGACCGUCGCCACAAGUGAUUCAUGGCGGAUGGUCCAGGUGGAGCACCGACGACAGAUGUCCUGUACAGCACUGCCAGAUCACUGACAGCAUUGCAAUUCGGCCACAGCAUCGCGAUUGCGUGAAUCCAGCGCCGAACAAUGGGGGGCUUCCAUGUGAGGGAGCCGCAAUCCGUGGAAUUCUCUGUUCAGCGCACCACAGCUCUUGUCGAGGAUUUUCUCGAGAGGAAUACAGUAACCGCAUAUGCUCAUCCAUUAAGCAUGACCCAGUCAAACCAGAUCGGCAGCUGACUGGAGAAGGGUUUGAGCACACAACCCAACCUUGCAAGAUUUGGUGCCACCUAAUUGACUCGGAGCUGAUCCGGAACAAAGGCCAAUUCCCUGAUGGUACCCCAUGCGGCCAGGAUCAUUAUUGCAUAAGUGGCACCUGUCUUAGGUUGGGAUGUGACGACAAAGCCGUUGUGGCUAGCGAGGAGGACUGCCCAAAUCAUAAACGGCAGCAUGGAUGGACUGAUUGGUUUGUGCCUUGA